AGCUGUGCAAUUAGUUUUUGUUUUCAUCUAUAUUUAAUGUUCUAUGCAUAUGCCGCAAGAUUCGAUGUGACGAGAAAUCUUGAAAAUUUUUUGGUUUUUGAGGUGAAUUAAACAAGGCCUUAAUCGUUCUGCCUCUGAUUAGGCAUAAUAUAUUGUAGGUCCAGUACUGUAAGCCCUCUAAUAUGUUUGUACAUAUGGUAUUUCUGCCUACUUAUUAGCCUAUUUGCUUUGCAGGGCAUCCAAUGGGAUAUAAAAUGUAUAUUAUUGCAAGCACAUUGUCCCUUCUACUUCUGUGUCUACUUAUCCCCGCACUAUUCCUGGCUCGCAAAUAUGGUUUGCUCUGCAUUAAACGGAAGGAAGAACCAAUGAUCAAGUCCUUUCUGCAAAAGAAUGGAAACCUACAUACAAAAAGAUACACUUAUGCAGAAGUAAAAAGAAUGACAAUGUCUUUUUCUGAAAAGCUAGGACAAGGUGGUUUUGGUGAUGUAUACAGAGGCAGCCUCUCGGACGGCGGUCAGGUAGCAGUCAAGAUGCUAAAGGACCCCAAGGGUGAUGGGGAGGAAUUCAUGAAUGAGGUGUCCAGCAUUAGCAGAACUUCACAUGUCAAUGUUGUUAUGCUCAUAGGAUUUUGCUUGGAAGGAUCCAAAAGGGCACUCAUCUAUGAGUACAUGCCUAAUGGUUCACUUGAAAGGUAUGCCUUCAAUAGCAACAUGAACAACCAAAAUUCUCUAGGUUGGGAGAAAUUAUUUGACAUAGCAAUUGGCAUCGCUAGAGGACUUGAAUAUCUCCACCGCGGAUGCAAUACUCGCAUAGUGCAUUUUGAUAUCAAACCCCACAACAUUUUAUUAGAUCAUGAUUUCUGUCCCAAGAUUUCUGAUUUUGGAUUAGCCAAACUAUGCCCAAAUAAAGAGAGUGCCAUUUCCAUUGCCGGUGCAAGAGGAACAAUAGGCUACAUUGCACCUGAGGUUUUCUCCAAGCAAUUCGGAACAGUCAGUAGCAAGUCAGAUGUCUAUAGUUAUGGAAUGAUGGUCCUUGAGAUGGUUGGGGCAAGGGACAAAAAUAUGAAUGCAGAUAGUGAAUCUAGCAGCCAAUAUUUCCCUCAGUGGAUUUAUGAACAUUUGGAUGACUACUGUAUCAGUGCUUCUGAGGUUAACAGUGAGACCACAGAGCUCGUGAGAAAGAUGAUAGUGGUAGGUUUGUGGUGUAUACAAGCUAUACCAACCGAUCGUCCAACAAUGACUAAAGUCGUUGAGAUGCUAGAAGGAAGCACAAGUAAUCUUGAGCUGCCACCAAAAGUUGCUACUUGCUACAAGUACAGCUCUCUUCUCUGUGUUCUACGGACUACGGAGUACGGAGUACUACUACUCUGCUAUUUCGUGAUGACGCGUCGUCGCUUCUUCUUUCUUGUAGUUGUAGGAGCCUGCCUGAUCCAUGGCUUCGGCACGCCGCGUGGGUGCUCUGCUGCGCCGUCCUCCGGUUCCUCCUCGUGCUCGGCUGCCGUCAUCACGUGCGGCAAGGUCAACAUCACCUACCCGUUCCAUCUCCUCUCCGACGGCGGCGGCGCCUUCUGUGGCUACCCCGGCCUGGGCCUCGACUGCGUGGACGGCAACACGACGGUGCUCCGGCUGAGCACCAACAACAACACCGUGCUCACCAUCAACUACCCCGCGCGCACCAUGUUCGUGGUCGACUCCGGCAUCGCCCGCGCGGGGUACGACUGCCCGAGCGUCGUCCACAACGUGACGGUCGCGCCGGGGUCUGGGGUGCAGUUCACCAAGUCGGACGCCAGCCUCACCUUCCUCGUCGGCUGCGCGGGCGGCGGCGGUGCCGCCCCGCCGUCGACGUGCCUCGACGGCUCCGCACCGAUAGGCUGCGGCCUCAGCGGCGUGGCCGGGGACGGGGAGAGAUCGUACGUCUUCCGCGGCGCCACCGCCACCGCUGCCGCGCUGCCGCCGGGAGGAAGCGAGUGCGCCAGGUCCUGCCGUGGCACGGUGACCGUGCCGGUGUACGCGGCGCUGUUCGACGUGCCGAGCUUGUCCAACCUGUCCACCAGCUACGCCAGGGUGCUCAAGAACGGGUUCGAGUUGAGCUGGGACAGGAGCUUCGACGCGCAGUGUGACCCGUGCGAAAGCUCCGGUGGGUGGUGCAGCUACAACAGGAUGAGCACGGCUUCCGGAGGCGGCGGCCCGUUGGCGUUCAGUUGCAUCUGCCCCGACGGACGGUCGACGCCAACUGACUGCGGGCAUGGUAUCACAAGGAGGAAAAUCAGAACAUAUGUAAUAGCAUCAACAACGAGUAUGGCUUUCGUGCUCCUAUUGUUUCUGGCCUAUCUCAUGCAUCACAAGAGAACCUAUGGCUCAUUCGUCUUCUGGAGAAAACGAUCACACAUUUCUCCAAGAGUUGAAGCCUUCCUUCAAAGAUAUGGUUCUCUCCACCCAAAGAUUUACUCCUAUAUGGAAGUGAAACGGAUGACUAAAUCAUUCGCGCAUCAACUAGGGCGAGGUGGAUGUGGUGUUGUCUACAAGGGCAGUCUCCCUGAUGGCCGCUUAGUUGCUGUGAAAAUGCUAAAGGAGUUGAAAGGGGAUGAUGAGCAAUUCAUGAAUGAGGUAGCAAGCAUUAGCACCACAUCUCAUGUCAACAUCGUGACUCUGCUAGGGUUUUGCGUACAAGGUUCCAAGAGAGCUCUUGUGUACGAUUACAUGACAAAUGGUUCACUUGAGAGAUUUAUCUUCAGCAGGCACUUAGAGGACAAGAAUUCUCUUAGUUGGGGCAAACUAUUCGAGAUUGUGGUCGGCAUUGCAAGAGGACUAGAAUAUCUACAUAGGGGAUGCAAGACUAGAAUUGUGCAUUUCGACAUCAAGCCCCACAAUAUCCUGCUUGAUGAGAACUUUUGUCCGAAGAUAUCUGACUUUGGAUUGGCGAAAUUAAGUGUACAAAAGGAGAGUGCAAUCUCCAUUGGUGUAGCGAGGGGCACAAUUGGGUACAUCGCACCGGAGGUUUUCUCUCGACAAUUUGGAGUUGUCACUAGCAAAUCUGACGUCUAUAGCUAUGGGAUGAUGAUUCUUGAGAUGGUUGGGUCUACAAGAACCACAAAUAAUAAUACUAAUUGUGAGAGCACCGAUGAGCUCUAUUUUCCUCUGUGGAUAUAUGAUAAUUUGGAUCAGUACUGCCUUGAUGCUUCUGAAACGUCUAAGGAUGACGGUGAGGUUGUAAGGAAGAUGAUUGUUGUUGGGUUGUGGUGUGUACAAGUGAUGCCCAUCGACAGGCCUUCAAUGAGUCAGGUAGUUGAGAUGUUGGAGAGUGACCUAAAAGACCUUCAGUUGCCGUCGAAGCCUCUUACCCUUUCUUCAUAAUCAUGAGCAGAAUGCACCCGAAUUUGCUAUUGCUUGUGAGCUAUAAACUUUGAGGUUGUAUAUCCAUCAAAAAAUGGGCAAUAUAAUAUAAAUGUGAGGUCACUCAUAGAAUUGCAUGGCUAGUA